AUGUACCUCCCACGCAACCUAAUCGCACACCUCUACAACAACCUUGUAAAACGAACACAUGCCGCUGCUCCUCCGGUCUUGCUUCUCGUCGCCCUCGAGCCAGACGCGCUCUGUGCCUGCAGAAUCCUUACCGCGUUGCUGAAGCGCGACUACAUCCCCCACAAAAUACAACCUAUAGCCGGAUAUGGCGACCUUUCACGUGCAGCGGACGCGCUGGUGCGGCCAAUGCGGACAACAGAAGGAGGAAGCGGGGGCGUCGUGGUGUGUCUAGGCGUCGGUGGCAUGGUAGAUCUGGAAGAGACGCUAGGACUGGACGUGGACGAGAAUGGGCAGGGUGGGACUGGUGACGUCGAGGUCUGGGUGCUGGAUGCGAGGCGGCCGUGGAAUCUGGCGAACGUGUUUGGCACCCCCGUUGGCGAAGACCCGACUACUGGGGAGCUCGUGCGGAGACAGGCUGGCGUGGAGAAGGGCAAGAUCCUGCAGAGCUACCAGACAUCAAGAGGAGGCAUUAUAGUGUUCGACGAUGGGGACAUCGAAGAGGAACUGCAGUCAGAGCGGACUGCGUACUGCGCGCUGGAAGAAAUGCCAGAGAUUGGAGAAGAGGACGACCUGGACGAAGACUCAGAUCAAGACGACGAGCCAUCUUCUGCACAGCAUUCGAAGAAGAGAAAGUCGUGGAGUGAGGAGGACGAUUCAGCAGACGACAUGUCCGACGACGAGCGACCACAGCAGCGGCGGAGAAGCAAUUCGCUCGGUGGAUCCUCCGACUUCUCGCGCUCAGACUCCCGCAGCCGGUCAGCAUCGCCAGCAAUAGCAGCACCACAGGAGAAGUCUGUGAGGACACUUCGAAAGCAGCUCAUGGUCAUGCGGAAGAAGCACACGGCCGUUCUCGACAAGUACUACCAGCUCGGCGCAUCAUACGCGGAACCCGUCUCAUCCCUCGUCUACAACCUAGCCUCCGAACUAGGUCGCGAAGACAACGACCUCCUUUGGAACGCCAUUGUCGGAGUCAGCAGUCUGGAACUUUACGGACGAACAGGCAGCGGUGUCGGUCUCAACCCACUUUCAGCAGCCGGCGGCUCAGCAGGAUGGAACGGCAACCGAGGAGAGCAGAUUCGAUCCGUCCUGCGAGACGAAGUUCGCCGUCUCAACCCCGUUACAGAUCCUCACGGCGUAGCUCGCGAUGCCAGUAUGGGUGACGCAAGUGGUGUCAUUCCCACAAGCGCCCGCUCAGCAACAGACAAGUCAAUACGACUCUCCCCAGAGCCACGUUUCCUUCUCUUACGGCAUUGGUCAUUAUACGAAAGCAUGCUGCAUUCGCCCUACCUGUCGGCCAAACUGCACAUCUGGAGCGAUGCAGGUCAGAAAAGGUUGGCGAAGCUACUCGCAAAGAUGGGAGUGUCGCUGUCGGAAUGCAAACAACGAUAUACACACAUGGAUAUGGACCUCAAGCGCGGGCUACGAGAAAGACUGCUCAAGUUCGCACCACAGUACGGCCUCGAUGGGCUCGUGCCCCCACCACCUCGCAGCGGCGACAUGAAGGACGGAUGGGGCUUUGUCCGCUGUUGGGGCUGGAAAGCAUGUCUCUCCGCCAUCGACGCGGGCGUCAUUCUCGGUGCCAUCCUGGAAGUCGGAGACGCAAAAGACCUCUCCCACUCCUCCUUCGACUCCUCCAACCACACCCACUCCACCCAAGACCACGCCUCAGAAAUCACAUCUACCCAAGAACAACAAACCGCCGCCCAGGAACACAUCACAUCCCGCUUCUGGACCGCCUACGACGCCCUCGGCAACAUCGACCUCCUCAUCCAACACAUCGUCACCGCACAGAUCCUCCACCGCGCCAUCCUCCGCACCGGCACCCAACUCAUCGAAAAGAAACAAAUCCGCCACCUCCGCGCCUUCCGCAUGGCCGUCGUCAAAGAAGGCCCAGACGUCCACCUCUUCACCCACCCGGGCGCCCUUACCAAACUCGCCCUUUGGAUCGCAGAAGCCAUCGUCGAACUCAACGGCACCAAGGGCAAAAACCGCGGCUCCGAACUCGUCAUGGCGGGUCUCGAUGAAAGCAGAGGGGAACGUCUACUCAAGCGCGACGCGCGCAUCAAAGCCCGCGAUGCGAAACGCAAGGCGCGCGCCGACGAGAAGGAGAAGAAGCGCCAAGCUCGCAUCGCGCGCAAUCUCGCCGCGGGCCUGGAAGACGACGAAGUCGAGGACGAGACCGAGGAAGAAGACUCCGAAGACGACGACGACGAUAGCGACGACGACGCGGAUGAACCCAAGGGCUUCGGGCGGAAUCGCUUUGGAAACGCGUUUCAGGAGGUUGUGCGGGAGACGGGGGCGCGGGUGCGGAUGGAUAGUUUUGAGGCGUGUGUUAUUGAGAUUCGGAAGGAGGAUUUGAGUGGGUUUUUGGAGAGACUGAGUAUGAAGGCUGUGGUCGGGUAG